AAAAAUAAAAAAAAUGAAAAAUUUGCAGUUACUGCCCUUUACCUGCACACGGCAGUACUCUCCUGUAAAGUGAUGAAAAUGGACAUGGUGUUGUUUCCCUCCCAGGGUCCUGUAAAUUCAGCACCAUUUUUAAAAAGUCUAGUGGGCAAAGAGUUAAAGUGGGGCAUGGAAUACAGAAGUGUGAAUUUAUUGGGAUCUUGCUAAACAUGAAAGCAAGAUAUCAGAUGUCAUGGGAAACCUAUUUAAAGUUAGAGUGGGAUCUUGCUAAGCAUGAAAGCAAGAUAUCAGAUGUCAUGGGAAAUCUAUUUAAAGUUAGAGUGGAGCGAGAUAAACUUCAGGAGGCUUAUGGCAUUGCAGAACAAGAUAAUGCGCAAAGAGCAAUAAGAGUUCAACAAUUAGAAGUUGAGCUUUCUAUGUUCCUGGAACUGAAGAAAAAGAGGAAAGUCGACUUGGGAGCUAGGGCAGAAGUUUGGGACAAGUUGUCCUGUGAGUCCAGCCCCAUUUUUAGAAAGUCUAGUGGGCAAAGAGAUGAAGUGGGGCAUGGAGUACAGAGGUGUGAAUUUAUUGAUCCGAUCUUCAUAUGAUGCAUUUACGGCAAAAGGAUCGGGAUGGAUUUUAGACAAAAUACUGUACUUGGAAAUAAAAACAGCAAAAUACAAGCCUCUGCUAGGAUCAUCCUAUAUCCCACUCCCAGAAGCAUUGUCAAAAAAGAAAAGUAUCAUCAACAUUCAAAAUACAGACGACAAGUGUUUGAUAUGGUCAGUUCUGUCUGCUUUACAUCUGGUGGAGCAUA